AGAACCGCGUCGAUAGUCGAGUGGAUCGGAACCAACAAAGUGUUAAGAAAUAAAAUAAUGAAGAUACAAUGCAUAAUAUGAACUGUGAAGUGCAAGGACCACACAAAGUGUUCAUAACGCAAACAAAAUAAUAAUCAGUGUAUAUCAGUGCAAACAAUACUAACGAAUUCCCUGGAAAAUCGCAGCAAAGUUCAAUUAGACCUACCACAAAUGAGGUGUAGACGCCACCGAGUUGAGAUCUUCAGACAUUGUCUAUACGUAGACCAAAUCGAGACUUUUGCCAUAACAACAGCAAACAUUGGGUCAUGUAAUUCCCAACUGCUCGUAUAAUGCCCUGGUGUUGAAAGUGUAGAAAGGGCGUAUGGAAUUUGGGCUUAAUUUGAUAAAGACUUAAGUCAGAAUUUCCGCUUUGGAAUUACUCGAUCAAUGCACUUAAAAUAUUAAUUUAGUUCAAGUGGAACUACAGUCUUACCUAAUUAUCAUGAAUUUUCAAUAAAUACGACAACUUUUAUGAUCGUUUAUUUCUAAAACUAAUUAGUUUUUUAUGUUGCGAUGGUUAUUAAUAUUUCUGCUCGCUUAAUUCGAUUUUUUUAAAAUAUUUCUUAUAUUUAAAUUAUAUAGCCAAGGGACUCCUGUUUCGGUAUCCGAAAAUAGCGAUUACAGUCAGGCCACUUAAAGAUUAAAGAACACUGAUCAUUAUCUGGCCAAGCGAUAGUUGAUAGAUGGGCUGGCCCUUCACGCCUGCCAAAACCACAAUAGACACAUAUGUAUGUAUUGGUGUAUAUAUAUAUGUACAUAUGUUUUCCUAAACUCACACUCGACAAAACUUGAACACACGGCACGGGGCUGCAGGGCGAUAAAAUGCAGUGUCAAUUGAAGUGCUUGAUUAGGCGAUUUGCGAGCGAUUCGCCAGCGAUUUCCAACGCCUGCAAUUAGAGACGGCGGCGCACUGCAAAAUAUACAGAAUGGUUGGCAGGGGCGUUGGUUUGGUGGGGGUUUUCCGACGGCUCUGUCAUUCACAAGCAUCGCGGGGUGGUGCUUGAAAAAUGAUUUACACGCGCAAAUCAUAAAUUAUGCCCAUUUCAAGUGGACCGUUACGCCGGAGAAUCCAUGACAAAUGCAGAUGACGCCCAAGCACCGAUGACGAUGGUGAUUGCAAUGCAAUCUAAUGGCUGAUAUGAUGGUGAUUGUGAUUGCGGGUUUGAUUGAGAUUUCCAUUGGUACUGGGAUGCUGCUAGUGCCGAUAAUUGUUUUGAAGAUGACGCAUUUUAAAUGACUGACCCUAACCGAACCCAUUGUCCGCUGGCUGCGAUUUUUCACCGCCUCUUAUCAUCGACGUCAGUCAACGCAACUCUAACCAAGCCAAAAGCCAAUGAAAUCAAAUCCACGACACUCCAGUUCAAUUUCGAAUUUCACACCACUUUCAAUCGGACCCACACCUGGUUUGAUUGAAAGCGGCGACACUUUCAAUGCUAAUGAGCUGCGAUUCCGUUUACCAAUCGCCGAAAGGCAUUUCAGUUCGCAUCGGUCUUCGCUGGGCAUCACACCGUAAAACCUUCCGGGUCCCAAAAAAAAAUCAAAAGAAUUAAGUAUAUUCAAAAUACCUAUUUGAUACCUGGAUAUAGUUUCGGUGGGCCCAUGCAGAACGUCACGACUGUCGUACGAUUAUCGGCACAAUUCUCACGUCCGGUUGUCCAGCUUAAUUAAAAAAUAUCUUUGUUUUUCGCACUGAUAAACGCGGUGGCAACGCAAAAAGGAAGUCUAGAUACAUACAGUCUGAAAAACGUAUUUUCGUACAGUACGAUGUUUAAAAGUGAUCUCUGUGUGCUGAUUGUGAUCUCCUUGGCGUUUUCCUUACAUUCAGUUGUAUCUAUAGAUCGCCCAACGAUUCCUUGCCCAAUCUAUCCAUUCACAUCAACGUACGCUCCAUUGAUCACUGAUCAACUGGUUUGCCUUAAGAGCACCUUGUACGUUAGUAAUCUUUUGGGGAGCUAAGAGUGGAAUACAGCAUCGAUUAAAUUCAGAGAGUGCUCCGAUCUGCCAGAUCACUCUUUAUGUAUCUCUUCGACGGGGUCUGGUCAGUUUCUUGUCAGUUUUGAUAAGGCCACCUUAAGACGGUGCAAAAACAAGCACAAUCGCAAACGACAGUUACUCUCGGCUCUCGAAUUAAAAUCGCUGGCGAUUCGCUUAAAUUUGCAGGCCAAUUCUCUAAGCGAAUUCAGUUGAAAAAGGCGCGUUGUGCGAAACGGGCAUCACAGUUUUUUGCGGUUUAUUUUCAACUUAAAAACCAAAUAAAAAACACAAAAGAAACAAACAAAGCGAAAUAAAAACAAACCUCAUUGUCUAUACAAACCUUGUAAGAUCGAAGUGAUAAAAGUGUGAAAAAAGCAUUAAACAGACAGCAUAAAUUAAAGCAAAAGAAGAGUGAAGGCAAGCAAAAUACCGUACCAUGGCCAUAGAGUCACGCUCUACGAGCACUGCAAGUGAAACCACAAAAACCGCCAUAAAAUCAACCACAAGCUCAAAAUCUCCAGUAACAUUCGGUAAUCUCGGCGAGAAAAGACGCGCCGAACAGCUGUUCCGCUGCGCAUGCGCCAACUUCAAUCUCCUGCUCCUGACUUUAAUGCUCGGAUUCGGCAAAUGCUGCACUGCCACGCCCACGCCGCUGAACACGCCCUCAACGAACACGCCCACCUCGGCAGUUAGCCCACAUAAUCCACAAACGCUGGACGAGAGCGGAUCGCUGAGCAAGGUGAUCGAUGGCAAAGCCUUCAUCAACAUGGGAUUCAAGUUCCUCAACGUUUCCGGAAAGAUUGGCACACCCCUCGGCAUAGGCCAAUCCCUGGAGGCCAAGUGCGAUGAGAAGCAGUUCCAGUGCCACAGCGGCGACUGCAUACCCAUUCGAUUCGUUUGCGACGGCGAUGCGGACUGCAAGGAUCACAGCGAUGAGCAGAUUAAGGAGUGCAAGUUUAUAGAGGCCACUUGCUCGUCGGACCAAUUCCGUUGCGGGAAUGGCAACUGCAUACCGAACAAAUGGCGCUGCGAUCAGGAGAGCGAUUGUGCCGAUGGCUCCGAUGAAGCCAACGAAUUGUGCAUGAACGCCUGUCCCAACAACGAGUUCAAAUGCCAAACGGUCGACCAGUGCAUUCCGCGCAGCUGGCUCUGCGAUGGCAGCAACGAUUGCCGCGACAAGUCCGAUGAGGCGCACUGCAACCAGACCUGUCGUGCCGACGAGUUCACCUGCGGCAAUGGACGGUGCAUCCAGAAGCGAUGGAAGUGCGACCACGACGACGACUGCGGCGAUGGAUCCGACGAGAAGGAGUGCCCAGUGGUGCCCUGCGACUCCGUGGCGGAGCACACCUGCACGAAUGGAGCCUGCAUCGCCAAGCGGUGGGUCUGCGACGGUGAUCCGGACUGCUCCGAUGGCUCCGAUGAGCGGUCCUGUGCGAAUGUGACCAAGACGACCACGCCCUGCUUAUCGCACGAAUACCAGUGCAAGGAUCGCAUCACCUGCCUGCAUCACAGCUGGCUCUGCGAUGGUGACCGCGACUGUCCCGAUGGCGACGAUGAGCACACAGCCAACUGCAAGAACGUCACCUGCCGGGCGGACCAGUUCCAGUGCGGCGAUCGCAGCUGCAUUCCAGGACAUCUCACCUGCAACGGCGACAAGGACUGCGCCGAUGGCAGCGACGAACGGGAUUGCGGAUUGAGUCUGAGUCUGGGGAUCAACCAAGGAGGAUGCAACGCAACCAGCGAAUUCGACUGCGGUGGAGGUCAGUGCGUUCCACUCUCGAAGGUCUGCGACAAGAGGAAGGAUUGUCCGGAUGGCGAGGACGAGCCGGCAGGAAAGUGCGGGAUAAACGAGUGCGCCUCGAAGAACGGAGGCUGCAUGCACCAGUGCAUCGAUCUGAAGGUGGGCCACCACUGCGAAUGCCACGAGGGUUACAAGUUGUCUCCGGACAAGCGGAACUGCCAGGAUAUCAAUGAGUGCGAAGUUCCCGGAAAGUGCUCUCAGAUAUGCGUGAACGAAAUAGGAGGCUUCAAGUGUGAGUGCGAAGCGGGCUACAUGAGGGAUCCCAAAAAUCACACCAGAUGCAAGGCCAGCGAGGGACACGCCUCCCUGCUCCUGGCCAGACGCCAUGACAUCCGCAAGAUAGCACUCGACCACAUGGAAAUGACCUCCAUUGUGAAUAGUACAAAGGCAGCCACUGCCCUGGACUUUGUGUUCCGCACGGGUAUGAUCUUCUGGAGCGAUGUGACCACCCAGAGUAUAUAUAAAGCACCGAUUGAUGAGGGAAACGAAAAGACGGUAGUGUUGACUAAAUCCUCGGUGACCUCGGAUGGCCUGGCUGUCGAUUGGAUCUAUAACCAUGUCUACUUUACGGACACCCACAAGUGCACCAUCGAACUGACCAACUUCGAGGGCAGCAUGGGUAAGGUCCUGGUAAAGGACUCCCUGGACAUUCCUCGUUCAAUUGCUUUGGAUCCCAUUGAGGGCUGGAUGUACUGGUCCGACUGGGGCGCCUCUCCGCGCAUCGAAAGGGCGGGUAUGGAUGGCUCCCACCGCACCACCAUCAUCAGCUAUGACGUCAAGUGGCCCAAUGGUAUCACCUUAGACCUGGUUAAGAAACGCAUCUACUGGGUAGAUGGCAAGCUUAACGUUAUCUCGUCGGCGAACUAUGAUGGCUCGCAAAGGAGCCAGGUGCUCUACUCCGGCGAAUACCUGCGACAUCCCUUCUCGAUCACCACCUUCGAGGACAAUGUCUACUGGACCGACUGGGACAAACAGGCCGUCUUCAAGGCGAACAAGUUCACCGGGGAGGAUGUGGAGCCCGUUACAGCAAUGCAUAUGCUCCAGCAUCCAAUGGUGGUGCACGUGUACCAUCCUUACCGCCAGCCGGAUGGCGUGAAUCACUGCCAGUCGGUGAAUGGCCACUGUUCUCAUCUCUGCCUGCCAGCUCCCAGGAUCAAUGAGAGGAGUCCUCGCAUAUCCUGCGCCUGUCCCACCGGUCUGAAGCUGAUGGUCGAUGGCCUCAUGUGCGUCGAGGAUCUUGCCGACCAGCGUCCAGUGAAAAACCAUACUCAAAUCGAAAAGACCACAACGCCCAGUGAGCAGCCGGAUUCCGGCUUUAUUGCACUGGUGGUCAUAGCCAGUCUUAGUGGAUUCGCUGUCCUGCUAUCGGUGCUCCUGCUCAUUGGCUACCGCUACUGCAGCAAGCGACGCAUCAACUCGAUGAACUUCGAGAACCCCAUCUACCGCAAGACCACCACCACAGAGGAUCACUUCAGUUUGCGCAAAAAUCUGCCGGCGCGGAUCUACGACCACACCAGUGUCAUGGAUGAGGAGUACUCACCCGUCAUAGGCAUAUCCUCGUAUUAGAUUGAUUCCUCUGGAAUCGUGUGAAAUGUGGAUUGGAUGAUUGUUGCGCUUGGUCGCUGGGAAAAUUAGAUGACCAAUGCUAACUCGAGACCCGCGGCAGAAACACACACGCCUGAAGACUGAGCAACUCUGUGUAUUGUGUAAAUUAAUUAUUUUAAAAUUUUAAGGCACGGCAAGGACGGCGGGUCACCUUGGAGCGCAUCCUUAAAGGAUGCUGUACAAAAUACUAUGUCGCAGAGUUCUAUCACAAAUAAACAAAAGAAAAACAAAACAGAAAUAGUUACGAGAAACGUAAAAGGAAACGAGAAAUCUAAUUGCUAAUUAUAAAUUACAUAGUUCCAAACUGUAUAUAGCUGUAAGUGUGCAUUAUUUUUAAAUGACGCAACUUAAUAUUACUAUACGUAAACAUGACAAAGAGAUCAUUGUGCUUAUGGUCUACUAUUAGAGCAAGUUGAGAAAUUAUAUUUCUGUUGUCAAGGAGCAGAGUCGUUUUAUUAUAUUAAAAUUAUUACUGCAUACGUAUUAGCCUUUUGUUAACUGUAUUUGUUAAGUGUACAUACAUAUGUAUAUGUUUCCCCACUAAAAAGAAAAUAUGAUGAAUAAUAAACUCAGAACAUACUUAUGUGUAGCGU